UCGCGAUCCGCAUCGCCUUCUUCCCGAACGACAAGGCCGAGCACGCCGUGUUCAAGCAGCGGCUCGCGAGCCAGAAGGACGCCGCCUACUUCCCGUCGCACGCCGUCGCGCGCAUGGUCGGCAUGUCGGGCCUCGCCCUGUCCAAGAUCACGUCGAGCUUCCUCCUGUACGGCGCGUCGGGCGACCAACGCGUCAACGUCGGGCUCAACCUCAAGUUCGAGGCCAAGGGCCAAAAGGUCCUCGGCUUCUCGCGCAAGGGCGACUCGGGCUCGUGGGAGUUCAGCGGCAAGGCCGUCGAGCUCAUCCGCGAGUACAAGGCGAGCUUCCCCGAGAUCGCCGGCACGCUCGACACGAGGCGCGGCGACCUCAUGCGCGCCACCGAUUUCUUCCCGGCCGAGACGGUCGCGCAGCGCAUGAAGGAGUUGACGGCCUGGAUCAAGGAGAAGGGCGUGCGCGACCUCGAGAAGGUCCCGCUCUACGCCGAGCAGCUCGACAAGGACGCUGUCCUCCUCAUCGAGAAGACCGAGGACCAGCUCACGCAGCUCAAGACGGUCGACAAGAUCAAGAAGGCGCAGAUCCGGGGCAUCCCGCGCCAGUCGAUCCUCAAGCCGGCGCACGCUCCUGGUCGGCUCCGCAAGCAGGUCUUCUCCCUCGGCGACCGCGUCGUCACCGUCGCCGAGACGGGCAGCGUCCCGCUCUCGGCAAAGGGCGUCGUCGUCGGCAUCCAGUCGGGCUUCAUCGACGUCGUUUUCGACGUCCCUUUCAUGGGCGGCACGACGCUCGGCGGCCGCUGCUCGACCUACCGCGGCGCCACCGUUACGCUCUCGUCCGUCCUCAACCUCACCAACCCGCAAUUCUCGACGGGCCAGGGCGCUCCUCCUCCUGCGCAGCCGGCGCCCGUCAACCGCAGCGCCAAGUUCCGCCAGGGCACGACGCCGGGCGGGCCCAACAUCCUUCCGGCGCACGGCCUCCCUGCCGGCGGCUUCCACCCGGCUGCCGCCGCCGCAGGCGCCUCGAACCCGCUCGGUCGUGGUCGCGGUCGCGGCGGCAUGAACGGCAACGUCCAGAUCAUGCGCAACCCUCGCGCCGUGUCGCCGGCCACGUCAUUCCACGCCGUCGCGACGGGCGCAGCCGGCCCGGUCCCGGUCCCGCUCUCGGCGGCGCAGCAGCAGCAGCAACAGACGCAGCAGCAGCGCCUCGGGCAGACGCUCGGCAUCCGCGGCGGCGCCGCAGGUGGCGCAGGAGCUCGCGGCCGUGGGGCGUUCGCGCACCUGCCGUUCGCUCCCGGCGGGCCCGGACACGCCGCACUCCAGCAGCAGCAGCGUCAGCAGCAGCAGCAACAACAGCAGCAGGCGUUUGCGCCGGUGCAGCUCGCUGGCGGCGGCGUCGCGAUCCCGCCGCCCUUGUCGCUCCUGAACCAGGGCCCGGCGACUCGUGGUCGCGGCGGUGCGCGCGGUGGCGCUCGCGGCGGCAGGGGCGGUGCAGCGAGGGGUGGAGCGGCAGCUCAGGGUGGGCAGGCGACGACGGCCUGAGCACGAGCGAGAUUCCUGACGAGCGAGGCGGUCUGAGUGCAUUUUCAUCGUAUCGAGCUCUGCUUUCUCUCUC